AUGGUAGACGCGGUAAUGUCGUUGAAUAUCACUGUGAAAAGUGAAGACUCCGAGUCCUUUGACGAUGAAGACGAAUCAUCUUCGAUGCUUUCGGGCAAAAGAGCCACGGCGUCUGCAACUCGUCAUGAUAUUUCUCCGGGAGAAGGCGGUCCAAUAGAAGACCAUGCAGGAUAUUCAACACAGCAUGGGCGGCUAGCAACUCAAACGACCAGCAAACCCAUCGUACUGUAUCCUGUGAGUGCUGACCGUUUCUUUUCCUCUACUUCUGCAGAUGGCAAAACCAUCUUAAAGAUAGCUCCAGCCGAUGUCAUGACCCUCCCGACUCCUCGGCCUCCUCCCCAGGUUUCCCCAGAGUUCUCCUACCAGGCCAUUGUGUACUUGAUCGAAGCAGUGGGGCGCCGCUGGAGCCUGUACGGGACGAGGGAGCGUUCACAGCUCUUCCAGAGCGUGCAGAAGGAGUUGGAGGAGCAGGGUCAUUGUCUUCCCGUUGAGAAGAUCCGCCGCAAGUGGAACAACUUGAUCGUCACCUACAAGAGGGUCAAAUACAGAGGCAGGGAGACCGGCCAGGCCAGAACCUCCUGGGAGUACUUUGAGAUGAUGGAUGCCAUGCUUGGUGACACCAUCGGCGCCGAGACCACUAGCAGCCCUACCCUAGUAACCAGCAUCCCUAAGGUGAACGUCUCCACGGAAACCUCCAAAACAGAGCAGAAGCCCCUCCUUCCCCAUGGCAACCUCAUCACUACAUGCACUCGGACACUCACCCUUGUCCCCUCCUCCCUCCCACUCCACACGCCAGUUCCCUCCACCCUCCCUCUCUACACCUUUGUCAGAUCCCUCCCUCCCCCUACCCCCGUCCGCUCCUCCCUCCCUCUUCCCACCCCCUUGGGCACACCCUCCCCCAGGAUAGCCAAUAACACAGACCCUCUACAGCCAAACCCCUCCCCUGCUCCGGUCGCACAGCCCCCUGCCUCCCGUCACAUCCCCUCCAACCUCAGCCGCAUAGACCUCCGCAGAAAGAAGCGCUGUCGCUUCUCCUCCAAGGGAUCCUCCAUUACCUCCCUUCUAGCCCAGCAGCAGAAGCGAGCAGAAGAAGGCACCUCCUUGCUGCAGGAGUUCCUGAGGAGGCAGGAGGGGCAGGCCAAGGAGGAGCAGGGGCGUCGCAGCAGGAUGGAGGCCCGGGGGAGGAGGCGCGAGAGGAGGGAGGCGCGCAUGGCAGAGUCCCUGGGUAGGAUGGCCACGGCCCUGGAGCUGCUUUCCUCCAAACAGGACACAGUCAUUGCCCUACUGCAGAGACUGGCUGAGAGAGACAGGAAGUGACAGUCAUCGCCCCGGGUUGUCACUAACUUCUAUAGCCACAAAGCCAUAAUUAUGGCUAAACCCCGCCUAUUUUUACUAUUCAUCUUCUUAAAUUUAGAUUUUUAAACCUAACAUUAACCACACUACUAACCUUAUGCCUAAUCUUAAAAUAAGUACAAAAAGCUCAUGUUUGUUUUCAUGAAUUUUGAGUUUAUGGUUAUAUAAUCUAGUGGAAAUGCUGCUGCAGAGACUAGCUAAAGUGACACUGUAAUCGCCCUACUGCAGAGCCUGGCCGAGAGACGGGGAGGCUGACUCAGCAUGCGACCGAAGGGGUACUCUUUUUCCCUAUAUUGUGCACUCUAUGAGCUAAAACCCAGUGAAAACCCACCUUGUGUCCCAGGUCUAAAUUGGUUCCUGAUUAGAGGGGAACUGGGUUCAAGGUUCAUAUUUGAAUUUGCAUAAUGUAAGGAAUAGGGUGCCAUUUCGGACGCGAGACUCUGAUAAUGUUAAUUGAUUGUGUUGUAGAAUUUACAAUGGAAUAACAAUUUUGAUUGAUUAAAUGGUUAAUUAAUUAAUGCUUGAUCAUGAUAAUCAAAGUAAUUUACUAUAGCAGCAUUUGUUUGCAGCAGUUAUGGUUGGAGAAACUGGUGUGGUGAGUGGAAACCACAAUCUAGGCCUACACAGAUGGAUAAGGAUUGUGAAAUAGUAGGUGAGACUUGUUCUCACUAGUCUGGCAUCUGGUCCAACCAGUAACUCCCGAAACACACACACACACACACAGCCUUCUCAACGGUUUGAUUGUCAGGCAGCAUGCAAUCAGCCGAUUCAGACCGAGUCAGAUGCAGACGCUCUUAGACAGGCUAACAACCAUAGAGAGCAGCACCUGUAGCUACAGUAAGUGAAUUGUUUGACAAAGAUUAUCUUAAAUGAUAGCAAUGUUUUCUAAAUUGGUGUUUUCAUAGUCUUGGCGGCUUGUAAAAAAAACAACAGAGAAACAUACUGUAUAGUCAAGGUGCGUAAAUCGAAUCAUUGAGGAUGACACAAAAGUCUUGACUUAUUUCCAUCGUGGUUCUCUAACCUAUAGAUGCAACCAGUACCUCAGUGAUGGAGAGGGAUCUCCUUAGAAGAGGCACCUUCAGUGGGCAACAUGAGACAGACUGAAGGAACUGAUCCACUCUGAGGGGGUGGGGGAUAUCAGAUAACCAAAUUCUGGUAUCACCUUUCGCUAAGAAAAACAGGUUGCCUCAACUCAUCCAAUGGAGACAGAAACAAUGAGAGGGUGAUUGACUGUACAGUUUAGGUGAUUCAGUAAAAAACAACAAUUGUUCAUCAAAAACAAAACGAUGGGAGAGGGAACAGAGAGAGACGGAUCGUUCUCCAUCCAGGGGAGAAGAAAAUACGAGAAGGACGUAGGAGGAGGGGGUAGAUGCUGGAGCAUCAUGGGACGUCUGUGGGCGUUUGUAAGGGCCACACUGAUAGUGGUGAGUCUGGGAGCUCUCUUUCUCUCUCUUGGAGCAUGGACAGUACUGGGACUGGAAGACAUAGAGGAGGAGAGUCCAGGGGAAGCGGAGUCACUGCCACCAGCAAGACCGCUGGACUACCACCUCUGUGUGGAGCUGGUGUUGAGAACCACAGCCAGAGGGGGUGCCAUCGGGCUUCUGAGAGGACUAGCAGCCAUCUCAGUGUUCUGGAUAGCAGAGGUCCUGUCUGGGUCUAAUGGCCUGGUUGCAUCGGUCCUCCGCGCCCCCUUCUUGGGGCUUCUGAUCGGGCUGGGGGUGGGUGCUGCAGAUGGGGUGGGCAGGGUGGUGGAGCUCCUAGAGCCUGGGGUGUGGUGGGAGGUUGUGGGUAACGGGGUGAGCGGGACCUUGGUGGGGGCCAGGGUGGCUGCAGUGAGUGGGGUGGUCAUCGCUGGUUUGAUGAGCAUCAUGACGGUCAAGGCAGUGAAGAAUGUGGCAAAGAGCGGCGAGAUCAGGAUGGCACAGUUCAUUACCGUGUCAGUGGCUGUGGGGGCUGCUAGGAUGGUGCUGUGUUUGGCUCCCGGGUGCAUGGCCACAGGAGCCUUGGUAGUAUCCAUCCUGGGGACACGGAGGGACCUCCACAACUUGGGGGCCCUAGUUGUGCUGGGGUUGGGGUGGUGUGCAGGGCAAAGUUGGCUUGGUGGAGGUGGUGUGUCAGUUUUCUUGGUGUGGGAUAAAUUGGGGCAACUCUCACCCAGACAUCUAAUAGGAAGGUUAAUGGGCUUGACUGUAGCUGUGGUUGUAUCCAUGUGCCUGGGGUUCUCUCUGCAGAUGUACUCAGCUCUGGUCAGUGUGUUACUGGGUGCUUCUAUAGCCUUUCUGUCCUGGAGGGGUGGGGAGGCUGUUUGUAAAGUUUUUGCUGAGGUGGUAGAGAGAUUAUUUGUAGCUAUAAGCAUCAAUACAUAUCAUGGACAAGAAGAGAGACUUUUGAAUACCUUUGGAUGGGGAAAGAGGCCUCUCGAUGCUUGAUAUGUCUUCUAAUUUUGUUGUGAUUAAUUACUGUGAUUAGUUGUCUAAAAUGCAUUUAUUUCCCGACAUGGCUGUUACAAAUGUUAAGUUUAGAAUUUGUCUAAUAGGGCUGCAGAAAGUACAUUUUUGUAGUGAACUUUUAAUAUUUGCAACCACAAAACACAAUAAAACAACAUACCCUUUUCCAGAAAGGAGCACCGUUUUAGAAUUCAGAAUACAGAUGGGUGUAGUAGCAAGCCUGUAGAAUGAACAAGACUAUGAAAACAACAUGAUUUCCACUAGAUGGCACAGCCACAAGGUCAAAAUUGUCUAUCCUAAAAAAUGUAUCAAAAUAAAAAUGUGCUUUUUGGUCUUAAUUCAAGGUUAGAGUUAGCCACAAAGUGUUAGGCCUCUGUGCCACCUGGGAGCAUAAGGCACUGCACCGCAGUGCUAGAGGUGUCAUUACAGACCCUAGUUUGAUCCCGGGCUGUAACACAACCAGCUGUGAUCGGGAAUCCUGUAGGGCGGCACAGAAUUGGCCCAGUGUCGUGGAGGUUUGGCCGGGGUAGGCUGUUAUUGUAAAUAAGAAUUUGUUCUUAACUGACUUGCCUAGUUAAAUAAAGGGGUUAAGUUUAAGAAUCUUUAUUUUAGAAAUAGGCAGGGUUUAUGACCUUGUGGUUGUGGUAAAUGUGACGACCGGAAAACAUUGUGGGACAGGCACCAAGCCAGAGAUAUUACAGAAAAGUAACUCCAAACCACAGGAGAUUGGUGGCACCCUAAUUGGGGAGGACAGGCCUGUAAUGGCUGGAGCGGAAUUGAAACCGCUUAAGGAUCUGCACCUUUUUUUUCUUCAAUUUUUGCCUAAAAUGACAUACCCAAAAUCUAACUGCCUGUUGUUCAGGCCCUGAAGCAAGGAUAUGCAUAUACAGUUGAAGUCGGAAGUUUACAUACACUUUGGUUGGAGUCGUUAAAACUAGUUUUUCAACCACUCCACACAUUUCUUGUUAACAAACUAUAGUUUUUGCAAGUCGGUUAUGACAUCUACUUUGUGCAUGACAGAAGUAAAUUUUACAACAAUUGUUUACAGACAGAUUAUUUCACGUAUAAUUAAUUUUGUCACAAUUCCAGUGGGUCAAGUUUACAUACACUAAGUGGACUGCCUUUAAACAGCUUGGGAAAUUCCAGAAAAUUAUGUCAUGGUUUUAGAAGCUUCUAAUAGGCCAAUUGACAUCAUUUGAGUCAAUUGGAGGUGUACCCAUGGAUGUAUUUCAAGGUCUACCUUCAAACAGUGCCUCUUUGCUUGACAUCAUAGGAAAAUCAAAAGAAAUCAGCCAAGACCUCCACAGUCUAAUCCUUGAGAGCAAUUUCCAAAUGCCUGAAGGCACCAUGUUCAUCUGUACAAACAAUAGUACGCAAGUAUAAACAACAUGGGACCGCACAGCCAUCAUAACGGUGAGGAAGAAGACGCACUGUAUCCUAGAGAUUAAUGUACUUUGGUGCGAAAAGUGCAAUUCAAUCCCAGAACAACAGCAAAGGACCUUGUGACGAUGCUGGAGAAAACCGGUAUGAAAGUAUCUAUAUCCACAGUAAAACGAGUCCUUUAUCGACAUAACCAGAAACAUAACAUAACCAGAAAGGUCGCUCAGCAAGGAAGAAGCCACUACUCCAAAACUGCCAUAAAAAUGCCAGACUAUGGUUUGCAACUGCACAUGGGGACUUUUUGGAGAAAUGUCCUCUGGUCUGAUGAAACAAAAAUAGAACUGUUUGGACAUAAUGACCAUUAUGUUUGGAGGAAAAAGGGGGAUGCUUGCAAGCCGAAGAACACCAUCCCAACCAUGAAGCACGGGUGGCAGCAUCAUGUUGUGGGGGUGCUUUGCUGCAGGAGGGACUGAAGCAACAUCUCAAGACAUCAGUCAGGAAGUUAAAGCUUGGUCGCAAAUGGGUCUUCCAAAUGGACAAUGACCCCAAGCAUACUUCCAAAGUUGUGGCAAUAUGGCUUAAGGACAACAAAGUCAAGGUAUUGGAGUGGCCAUCACAAAGCCCUAACCUCAAGCCUACAGAAAAUGUGUGGGCAGAACUGAAAAAGUGUGUGUGAACAAGGAGGCCUACAAACCUGACUCAGUUACACCAGCUCUGUAAGGAGGAAUGGGCCAAAAUUCUCCCAACUUAUUGUGGGAGGCUUGUGGAAGGCUACCUGAAAUGUUUGACCCACGUUAAACAAUUUAAUGGCAAUGCUACCAAGUACUAAUUGAGUGUAUGUAAACUUCUGACGCACUGUGAAUGUGAUGAAAGAAAUUAAAGCUAAAAUAAGUAAUUCUCUCUACUAUUAUUCUGACAUUUCACAUUCUUAAAAUAAAGUGGUGAUCCUAACUAACCUAAGAGAGGGAAUUUUUACGAGGAUUAAAUGUCCGGAAUUGUGAAACUGAGUUUAAAUGUAUUUGCCUAAGGUGUAUGUAAACGUCUGACUUCAACUGUAUAUGCAUUCGGUACCAUUUGAAAGGAAACAUUUUGAAGUUUAUGGAAAUGUGAAAGGAAUGUAGGAGAAUAUAACACAACAUAUCUAGUAAAAGAUAAUACAAAGAAAAAAACAUUGUACAAAAAAAAUCUUUGAAAUGCAAGAGAAAGGCCAUAAUGUAUUAUUCCAGCCCAGGUGCAAUUUAAUGUUGGCCACUAGAUGGCAGCAGUGUGUGUGCAAAGUUUAGACUGAUCCAAUGCAUUUCUGUUAUUAUUUUUUAUCAAGACUGCCCAAAUGCGCCUAAUUUAUUGAUGAAUAACUUUUCAUGUGCUUUCUCCUCAAACAAUAGCAUGAUAUUAUUUCACUGUAGGCGCUACUAUAAAUUGUACAGUGCAGUUAGAUUAACAACAAUUUCAGCUUUCUGCCAAUAUCAGAUAUGUCUGUGUCCUGGGAAAUGUUCUUGUUACUUACAACCUAAUGCUAACCGCAUUAGCCUACGUUAGCUCAACCGUCCCGUGGAAGGGACACUGAUCCUGAAGAAGUUUUUUAAUGGAAUGGUAUCAAAUAAAUCAAACACAUGAUUUCAUGUGUUUGAUGCCAUUCCAUUUGCUCCAUUACAAAUAUUAUUAUGAGCAGUCCUCCCCUCAGCAGCCUAGUCCACAUUUUUGUUUUAUAACUAAACCAUUAUGUCUGUGGUACUGUAUCUGGACAAGCCUGAGAUGCGUUUUGUUCGCUUGAGCGUUUGCUAUGUUGCGGAACGGUUUGUACUGAACGACACGUUUACCCAAAAUGUUCUUGAACCGACUGAGGUACGUUUGCUCCGGUUUGGUGGGUGUGGCUUGAAGUAAUGAGUGUAUUUAAAGGGCAGUGGUACUGUUGAAAGCGUCACCCAACCAAAUACAGUACAGUAUGACAACCCGCCCCCGUUCUUCAACUGGUCAUUCAGUACAGCAACGUUUCCGUUCAAUUGAGUGUUCCAGAACGUAAAUGCCUACUGAAGGGCAGCCCUGCCGUUUCAUUUGUUUGAGUGACAACUGGAAAAGCCAAUAAAAUGAACACGCGGCAUCUCCUAUUGUCCAAUCACCUUAUUGGGAAAGGGAAUAUAUGUACCAUUGGCUAUACGAACGACAUGGAUGUAAAAUGAGUACGAAGUGCAUUCGGGGGGGAAAUGGUUUUAAUGUCUAUGAGAAAAACCCAUAAGAGCAUUCAGCCGCUAUGAUGAUCUCUGGAAGGAACUGAUUUUUAUUUUUUUAUUUACUAUCUCUAUUCCCUAACAAUUUUGCAUAGUGGAAUGCAAACAAAACAGUCAAGUUGACAUUUGUAUCUACCGCAAUUAAAAUGAGCACUCGAGAA